UCACCAACAGUCUUCUCUGUCAAGGAGGGGGACGUUUCGGAUCGUCUUAGUAAUGGCGGACACAUGUGGCCAAGUACUCCUUGGGUCUGGGCUAACUGUCCUUUCCCACCCCCUUAUGUACAUCAAGGUUUUAGUUCAGGUUGGACAUGAACCUCUCCCUCCUUCUUUAGGCAGGAAUCUAUUUGGCCGACAAGUGUACCAGCUUCCAGGGCUCUUUGCAUAUGCCAAACACAUCAUAAAGAUUGAUGGGAAAUCAGGCCUGUUUAAGGGUCUCACCCCGAGGCUUUGUGCUGGGACCAUUGGAACUGUCGUCCAUAGUAAAGUUUUGCAGAAAUGCCAGGAGGAAAAAACUGAGAUGGUGGGAAGUAGUCAGAAAGCAGAGGAAGGUUCCUUGCAACAUGUAGUAAAUGAGACCACUAAAGAAAUGAUUGCACGUUCCUGUGCCACAAUUGUCACACACCCUUUCCAUGUUAUCACACUCAGAUGCAUGGUACAGUUUAUCGGUAGAGAAGCCAAAUACAGUGGCAUCUUUGACUCCAUUAUUACAGUCUACAGAGAAGAAGGAAUCCUGGGUUUUUUUGCCGGCCUCAUUCCUCGUCUACUUGGUGAUGUUCUUUCCUUGUGGAUCUGCAACAUGCUCGCUCACUUCAUCAACACAUAUGCUAUAGAUGACUCAAUGAGUCAUACAGGAGAGAUAAAGAACUGCUCUCAGGCUGUGACUGGGUUUUUUGCCAGUAUGCUGACGUAUCCAUUUGUAUUGGUGUCUAACCUGAUGGCUGUAAAUAAUUGUGGGCUGGCUGGAGGUCUUCCACCCUAUGCUGCUGUUUAUCCCAAUUGGCUCCACUGCUGGAGUCACCUGAGCCGAGAGGGCAACAUGAGCAGAGGUAACAGUCUGUUCUUCAGAAAGUUGCCUGUGGGGAAGAUGUAUGCCAUCGAGCAGAAGAGAUUUUUCUGAAUAGAACGCUAUAAACAUUGUCUUUUAUCAUGAUAAUAUAAUUGAACUGGCCCAAGAAAUUCCUAAUCCUUUGUAUGCCCUUGUUUAUGACAACAGACUUUUGUUCUUUUUGAUAAUCAGUCCGCAUCAACAUCCAGGAUCAUUGCUGUUAAUUUUAUCCAUACAUUAUUUUCACUACAUGGUGAGUUGCUUUGAUUUGAAAACAUAAAGAGCUUUAUUUUAAUACCCAGGGCAUUGUAUACAUACCCCAACUAAAUAAACCCUAAAAUAAUUAUUUCAGAGAAGCACUUGAGGGUGCUUUCUCAACUGUAAGUCCACACCAGCCCCUAAACCAUCUGUGCCUGAGUACAUUGCAGGCCCUUUACGCACUUGUGCAUUUUGUUCCCGUUGCUCCCAAACAUGAUGAUCAUCAGUAAAACAGUCCUUAUACAUCUGCUGUUGUCUCUACUGUCUAAUGUACUGACUUACAAGAAACGUUCCACCCUGUUGAUAGUAUACUGAAAGUAAAGUGAAUCCAGCAGGCCCAUUUUGACCUACGUGGUGUCGAUAUAUUCUUGUUUAUGUGAGAGAAAGUUUAUGCAGCACCUUGACUAUAUUUGCAUACCAGAUGUGGCCCUAGUUUUUGCAUAACGUUGCUAAGCUUGACCACACCCUGGUAAUAUACACUGAUUAGCCACAACAUUAAAACCACUGACAGGUGAAGUGAAUUACAUUUAUUAUCUCGUUACAAUGGCACCUGUCAAGGGGUGGAAUAUAUUAGGCAGCAAGUGAACAGUCAGUUCUUGAAUUUCAUGUGUUGGAAGCAAGAAAAAUGGACAAGUGUAAGGAGCUGAGUGACUUUGACAAGGGCCAAAUUGUGAUGGCUAGACGACUGGGUCAGAGCAUCUCCAAAACUGCAGGUCUUGUGGGGUGUUCCCGGUAUGCAGUGGUUAGCACCUACCAAAAGUGGUCCAAGGAAGGACAACCGGUGACAGGGUCAUGGGCGCCUAAGGCUCAUUGAUGCGCGUGGGGAGCAGAGGCUAGCCCGUCUGGUCCUAUUCCACAGAAGAGCUACUGUAGCACAAAUUGCUGAAAAACAUAAUGCUGGCCAUGAUAGAAAGAUGUCAGAACACACAGUGCAUCGCAGCUUGCUGCGUUUGGGGCUGCGUAGCCGCAGACCAGUCAGAGUGCCCAUGCUGACCUCUGUCCACCGCCCUACAAUGGGCACGUGAGCGUCACAACUGGAUCAUGGAGCAAUGGAAGAAAGUGGCCUGGUCUGAUGAAUCACGUUUUCUUUUAGACCAUGUGGACGGCCGGGUGUGUGUGUGUGUGCAUUAUUUACCUGGAGAAGAGAUGGCAGCAGGAUGCACUAUGGGAAGAAGGAAGGCCAGCGGAGGCAGUGUGAUGUUCUGGGAAACCAUGUUCUGCUGGGAAACCUUGGGUCCUGGCAUUCAUGUGGAUGUUACUUUGACACGUACCACCUACCUAAGAUUGUUGCAGACCAUGUACACCCCUUCAUGGCAACGGGAUUCCUUGAUGGCAGUGGCCUCUUUCAGCAAUAUAAUGUGCCCUACCACACUGCAAAAAUUGUUUAGGAAUGGAUUGAGGAACAUGACAAAGAGUUCAAGGUGUUGCACUGGCCUCCAAAUUUCCCAGAUCUCAAUCCGAUUGAGCAUCUAUGGGAUGUGAUGGACCAACAAGUCCGAUCCAUGGAGGCCUCACCUCGCAACUUACAGGACUUAAAUGAUCUGCUGCUAACGACUUGGUGCCAGAUACCACAGAACACCUUCAGAGGUCUUGUGGAGCCCAUGCCUUGACAGGUCAGAGCUGUUUUGGCGGCACAAAGGGGAGCUACAUGAUAUUAGGCAGGUGGUUUUAAUUUUGUGGCUGAUUGGUGUAGAUAAAAGCCUCUGUGGCUUUAGAGCAGUGGUAAGUGUGGAGGCCACAUCUUCAUCAGAGCUCUUGUUCCCAUUCAGAAAAGGUUGAGAUUUUUAUUUCUAUUGAAAUUGAAACUGACUCAAAUAAAUCUAAUGCCAACAGAACUGUCUUUGUGUCUUACCUGUUAAUCAUACAUUUUCGCAAGAUAUUUUAGGGACUGGUUGUAACGUUAUGUUUCUUGAGCAUACCAGUGGAAUAUUAUGGGGUGCUGAAGUACGUGAAUAGAAGCCUGUCACAAACACUCAAUGACCACUAAGAGCCAAUGUAAUAUACUGGACAUUUAAAUAAAAGUUUGUGGACAUUUUCUUGCCUAAAUGAAUAGGGGGAAAAUGUGUAUGCUGUGAUAUUCUGUAGUCCAAAUUGACUCUUAAAAAAAAGAACUAAAGUAAAGUUUGUCAAGGACAAACUUUGAUGUUGGCUUGACAAAGCCUUGUCUGAAAGUUUCAGCUAGUUUUAAAAGUUUUAUGUUUGAUUAUACAUUAAAGGCCUUGUUUGGGUUUG